CCAUGGCCCGGCUGCUGAGCGCCUUCUUCGUUUUGGUCGUCUUCUGCCGGACGCUCCCGGCGAAACCUUCAGGGUACCAGCUGGACCUGGACGCUCCGACUCCGUGCCGGGCGCUGAGGGGCGGGGCCGAUGCCCCGCAGUGUACGAAAGAUGGACGCUUCAGGCCUGUACAGUGCAGUGGGCGGGGCCAGACGUGUUGGUGCGUGGACGUCGACGGCCGGGAGGUGUCUGGGACUCGAAUGAACGGCUCCAUUCCGCAUUGUGCUACGGCGUGCCAGCUCCAGUCGGUCCUGCGGUGCUCGCCGUCAGGCCACUUCCUGCCCGUGCAAUGUGACGCCAGCAGGGGGCAGUGUUGGUGCGUGGACCAGGACGGCAUGGAGCUCUACGGGACGCGGCAGAGAGGGACGCUGAACCACUGCCCCGGCAGCUGUGAGGUGCGAGCGAGGGGACUGCUUCACGCCCCCGCGUCUCCUUCGCCGCCUCAGUGCACGGAGGACGGCCGCUUCCUUCCUGUUCAGUGCAAACUGAUCAACACCACGGACCGUCGGGAGAUGGACCUGCUGCACACCUUCAACACUUUCCCACAAGCCUUUGCGACGUUUGCCGCUUUUAGAAAGUCCUUCCCGCUGGUUUCGUCCUACUGCUUCUGCUCAGACAGCAGAGGCCGCGAGAUGGCCGACACAGGCGUGGAACUCCUCUUCUCUGAAGUGUAUGACUCCGCUUUCUCCGGACCCGGCAUGGCCCGCUCCUUCUCCGAGUCCAACGUGUACAAGGUUCUGCGCAGGAGGACGUUGGGGGUCCUCUUGGCUGUCGGCGGACGCUUCAGAUGUCCCUCCCCCUGUGAGGAGGCGCGGCGGGCGGAAACGGAGGCCUCCGACGUUUUGAUUCCGUCCUGCGAGGAGAGCGGGGCCUACGCCUCCAAGCAGUGCCACCAAGGGCAGUGUUGGUGCGUGGACCCCACAGGGGCGGAGCUUCCUGGGACACUACAGCAUGGAGACGUCCUGUUUUGUGGUGGAGGCGUGGCUGACGACUGUCGCUCUCGGCGACGCACGGCGCUGGUCCGCUUGUUUUCGGGCCCGCUGGAACCUCGUCUUCCUGCCUCCUCAGAAAGACAAGAUGCUUUCUGUAGUGCCCUCUUAAGGCCAAUCAGGGAUCUCCUGCCUCCGCAGGCGGAGCUCACUUCCUUCCUGUCCAUCAUGGUGGAAGUCCUCCAGGGGCUCCUCCCCUCAGUGGGUGGGGCCUUAGAGGCGCUGUCUCACUCUUCACCUCGUCGUUUCCAGGAGAAUCUUUUCGGAGGAAAGUUCCUGAAGAACGCCGCCAGCUUCAACCUGAGCGGCGCCGUAGGAACACAAGGAGUCAUUCGCGUGGACACACCCACUUCCCUGCAUAAACAUCAGAACCUGGUUCGCUCUGUCAGCGAGGCCCUGGAGGACCCCGACUUCUUGUCUGCCCUCCGCCACACACUCAGGGCCACGGGCAGCUCAAGCUCCGCCUCUCUGCGCCAGAUCCUGGCGCCCGUGGUGGCUUCCUGCUCGGCUGAGAGCGAGGAGCAAGCGGCGUCCGCCCUGGUGCCCAGCUGCGCGCCCGACGGCAGCUUCCAGGAAGUUCAGUGUCAGGGCGGCGAGCGCUGGUGCGUCACACCGCAAGGUCAAGAGAUUGCGGGAUCACGGGUCGCCGGUGCCAGGCCUCGAUGUCCGUCUCGCUGCGAGGAAGCCCAAGCGGCAGCGCUGACGCUGAAGGACACGAUGGCGGCGGGCAGCGUCCUCCAUGUCCCAGAAUGCUCCGCGGAUGGAGACUUCCUGUCGCUGCAGUGUGUGGGCUCACGGUGCUUCUGUGUGGACCGCCAGGGGGCGCCAGCGAGUGCCGUCUCAGCAGAGGGUGUCGUUACAUGUUCAGACACGAAACCCCAGAAGUCUCCGUCCUCCUCAGGUCAGUGCUUGCGCGCGUUGGAGGAAGUUUCCGCAUUCAAACAGGAAGUGGACAAAGUCGUCGCUGUCUCCAACUCCGCCCAAUUCCCGGCGGGAUACGGCUUCCUAUUGGCCGAGGGUCUGCGUCUGACCGCCAAGGAGCUGGAUGUCGGCCAAUCAGAGGAGGCGCCGCGCGUCGCAGAUUGGCUUCUGAGCAACUCCAGAGCUUCUCUGCGAUUGGCUGCCUUUUCCACUGCCCAGACGUUGCUGGCGCCAGGACGUCGUUCCAAUCAGAUGUUCAGCCCCCAGUGCGACGCCGAUGGAGGCUGGCUGCCCACACAGUGUUAUCGCAGAACAGGUCAGUGUUGGUGUGUCGAUGAAGAUGGGGAGUACGUUCCCGGAUCGCUGAGAAGCCGCCCACAUCCUCUGGUCAAAUGUCUCACGCGCUGUCAGAGAGCACAGAGUCACUCGCUGCUGUCUGGUUGGAUGACAGCUUCUGAUGUCAGUGCCUCCAUGUCAUCGUACCGCCCACGUUGUGAUAAGGAUGGUCGCUUCUUAGUGCUGCAGACAGAGGGCGCUGCAGGCUGGUGUGUGAACCCUUUGAGUGGAGAGACAAUGCAGACCGCUACCCUCAGCCCUGAUGGACAACUCACAUGUCCCAGUUGGUGUGAGCUUCAGGGACGCCAGUGUGACCCCGACGGUGGCUUCGUCCCGCUCCAAUGUGAUGUCACUUCCUGCUGGUGCGUGUCUGAAGACGGACACGAACUGGUGGGGACCCGAAAACGUCGACUGGCAGAACGCACGCCGUCAUGUGACCGUCCCGCCUGUACCGACUCCGAUGUCACGCACGGCACUCUGGUUUGCCGCCCCACCCAAGAUGGCCGUCAAAUAUGCAAUCUCGUCUGUCUUAGUGGUUACCAGAACUCACUUCCUGUCCAAAACUUCACGUGUGACAUGACUGUCCGCCGCUGGGAGGGAGCCAAUAAACCUCUGCCUGGAGCCUGCCAGAUCAGUCAGCCCGCACAGAGUGUGUCCAUGUCAGAGAAGUGGACGAUGAGAACGUCCUGCUCAGAGCUGCAGACGUUGCGCUCCCUGCUCUUCAAACAUAUGACCAGCAGGGGGCUCUGCACUGCUCAGCUGCCAGCGUUGGGACUCCAAGUGUUGCUGUGUGACGACUCGUCGGUUCGUAUGCAUUGCGUCGGCAAGGACAUGUUGAUGGUGACGGUCACCUGGACCGCUUUGCUGUCAGACCUCCCGGCCUCAGACCUACCUGACCUCCUUGACGCUGCGAGUAGACUCCAAGAGGACUUUAAGGGGAUGGUGACGCACAUUGGCUUCACUUCGCAGCCUGGACAGCUUUCUGAGACCACGCCCACUUUGGGCUGUUCCCCCGGUUACAGCCUGAGCGACCAAGGCGACAGUUGCGUCAUUUGUCCUGCUGGGAGUUACUCCACAGAAGGGGCAUGUCUUCUGUGUCCAGAGAGAACUUACCAGGAUACAGAGGGGCGGGACUUCUGCAACAAGUGUCCUAAAGGUUCCUCAGCUGCCGGGUCUUUCUCUGUCAAUCAAUGUGUGACUGACUGUGAAAGGCGGGGACUUCGUUGCUCUGACCAAGGUAACUUCCUACCGGCACAGCCUAACUUCCUGUCCGGCACGUGGAGCUGCUUUAACAGUGAGGGGGCGGAGCUUGACUGGACAAAAAGUGACACGCCUCUCACCGACCAAGACUGCUCAGUGCUCAGAAGGUUCCAUGCUGUUCCAAAAUCAGAAGUGAUCUUUGGAGCUGAAGACGCUGAAGUCCUGCAAACAAUAACCUCUGACCUCCGAACAUGUGCUGAAGCGUGUGCAGUGAACACUUCCUGCCACCAUGUGGCGCUGUUCAACCGCCAGUGUCAACUAUACAGUACACACACCCUGAACACACAAUGCAACACCUCCACGAAGGUCAGUGGCUUUCUGGGUAAUCCUGAGGCGGAGGUCUUUGGUGGUUUGAGGUGCUGCCUGCGGGUGAGGGGCGGGGACUCAAAUGUGCUCGUCAUCAGGAAGAGUGGGGCGGAGUCUUCUUCAAGUUUCACCAGACUACCACAGGCGAAGGCAGUCUCGGGCGUGUUCAGGACUCAAGUGUUCGCCUGUGCGUCGCUCGCAGACGCUCGCCGCUUUUGUGAGACGGGCUGCCGCAGUGAUGCUUGCUGCAGCGGCUUCAUCCUGAACCAGAACAGCCUGAACGGCGGUUCUCUGCUCUGUGGUUGGCUGAGGGAGCCGUCCAUCCUGAUGUGUGGGCAGGGCGACUGGGACGUGACAGGUCAAGUACCCUCCAAUUGCGCUUGCGGGGAUGGGCUUAUUUAUGACGAGCAGGGGCAGAGCUUCCUGUUCGACUUUGGAGGACAAAACCUAACAAUCGCUGCGUCAGAUCUUCCAGUGGACAAGGACGAGAAAGGUGACCAAACAUCCAUCGUCUCCUUCCAGGCCGUCUACCUGAAGACAGAAGACAGGUCGACCGCCGCUUCUUGUGGUCCCGUCACGGGCUUAACCCCGCCUUUAGACGGUUCAGUCCAGAGGAAGUUUGUCUCUCUGUCAGAAGACGACGUCCAGGUGGAUCCUCAGAGGAAACUUCCUGUUCUCUCCUUCUGGAUCAACAAAAACCAGCACACGUCCCAGCAGGCUUUGCUGUGGUGCCUCACACGCUGCGACAGCGAGCCUCAGUGCUCCGUGGCCGAUCUGACGGACGCCGACUUGCCGGGUUUCUACAGCUGCAUCCUGUUUGCCAACACCCAGGUGUGCGGCGCCGACGACACACCCCUGAGACGCCCCUGCCGCUUCCUACUGGACAGGAGGCCCAAAAUCACCUACAGCAAGACAGUGGAUCUUUCGGGACCAGUGAAGAGUUUCUACCAGAGAGUUUCCUUUCAAAAAAUGGUCUCUUACUCAGUCCGCAGUCGAGUAAGCCUGAAGGAAAACAUGCUGCUGACUGAAGGGUUUAAGGCAUGUGAGCGACGUUGUGAUGAGGACACCUGUUGCCGAGGUUUCGGUUUCAUCAGAGAUGGGGCCACAGGUGUUGUGUGCAUGUCUCUAAUCAGCCUCGGAAUUCAAACGUGCAGUGAAGACCAUCAGACCGAUUGGGGGACACAAGACUGUAGACCAUCUGAAGUCAAGACCACACCGAAACCCUUUGGCUGGUACCAGAAACCAGUGAAUCAGUGGACGUUGUCUCCAGCGUUGUGUCCUGCGUUUCGUCUGCCAACUUUCCCAAGCGUGUCCAUGGACCAGUGGAGUCUCCUUGCUGACUCAGCAGUUCUGCUCGACGCGUCGCUUUCUUCCUAUGAGGUUAUCCACAUCAGCCGCGACAUCGCCACAGACCCGAUCCAGACCAGAGACUGGUGUCUCCAUGCCUGCCAGGAGGCGGAGUCCUGCACCGCUGUGUCCGUCGCCGAGGAGGAGUCCGCCACUCGCUGCGUCCUCUAUCCCGAUACAACAGUGUGCGGGUUAAGCUCCGCCCCUGACUCAGCAAGCCUCGCCGCCUCCUGCCGUCUGGUGAUCAGAGAGCCCGCCCCCGAGGUGUACUUGAGGAAAGCGUCGUCGACCCCACUUACCACCGUGGCCAUCCCGGGUCACGGCACCCUGCAGGGUGUCGCCGUGGAAACGUCGCUUGGGCCACACAGGAAGACGGUGGUUCAGUUCCUCGGAGUCCCGUACGCCAGUCCGCCAAUUGGAGCGCUACGCUUUAAAGAUGCGCAGCCACCUGAUUGGACGGGAACCUGGGACGCCACCAAAUUGCGGUCCCCCUGCGUCCAACCAGGUGUCCUGGACACCAGCGAGGACUGUCUCUUCCUCAACAUCUUCCGCCCUGUUGCUAUGAGGGGUCGUGUCCCGGUGCUCCUGUUCUUCUUCAACCCCUCGACCAAUCAGACUGGAGGAAUCUUGGAUGGCUCCACCCUGGCUGCUGCAGGGAAUAUCAUUGUGGUAACAGCCAGCUACAGAACAGCUGCACUUGGAUUCCUGAGCACAGGUUCAUCGGGUCUCCGUGGCAACUACGGUCUGUCCGACCAAGAGGCGGUGCUUGACUGGGUUAACGCUCACAUUCAUUUGGUGGGCGGAGACAAUAGCAGCGUGACUGUGGGGGCAGAGCGUGGAGGCGCCGACAUCAUCAGCCAUCACCUGCUGUCGUCGACGUGUCUCUUUCAGCGAAUGCUGCUCAUGGGCGGGUCGAUCUUUUCUCCAUCAUUUGUCCAAACGCCGUCCGCCGCCAGACAGCAGGCGCUCCGUCUGGCCAAAGAGGUGAACUGCGUGACCUCUGACCUCACCGGCAGCGAUGGCGGAAUGGUGGCGUGUCUCAGAGAAACCCCUGUGCACGUGCUCAACGCCGCCCAGACAAAGCUGCUGGCCACCGGCGGACCCUUCCGGUCUUGGUCGCCGACCCGUCACACCGCUCCCCCGCCGUCUCUCCACAGAGUGGACCUGCUGCUUGGGACAUCGGAACAUGACGGCCUGAUCAGCCGAGUGCAAAGGAUAAAGGACUUUGAGGCGCUGCAGGGUCGCGCUGACGGGAAAACGCUGUUCUACGAGGCGCUGAGCCGCUCGCUGGGCGGAGCCAAGGAGAACGAGCUGCUGAAAGGGGCGGCGGCCUGGUUCUAUUCGCUCGACCACAGCUCCGCCCCUGCCGGCUACAACCUGUUCUCCCGAGCGCUGGACAACGCCACAAGAGACCUCUUCAUCGUCUGUCCCACGCUGCGCAUGGCGAGACACUUCGCCAACAGCAACGCCAACGUCUUCCUGUAUCAUCAGCCCGCCGCCGGCCCGUGCACCAGGGCCAAUGCUCAUGUCCCGUUGGACGUUCAGUUGGUGUUCGGGGCUCUUCACCGGCCAAUCAACCGGCAGCGCUUCACCCUGGUCGAGCGCCGCCUCUCGCUGGCCGCCAUCAGCUACGUGUCCAGCUUCGUCAAAACCGGGAACCCGAACCCGUCACCGCUUUGGCCGACCUCGGUUCUGCCCCGCUGGCGUCCCGUCGGGUUCUCUGCAGCUCCGCCCGCCUACUUGGAGCUAAGCCCUGCCCUCCGUCAGCGGCGGGGCCUGCGCGAGAGAAGCUGCUCCUUCUGGAACAACCUGGCGGAGCUGCUCACGUCAGGGGCGGAGCCUACUUUGAUGCAGGAGCUCCCGUUGGCUGCGCCGCCCAGCCAAGAUUCCUACAGCUGAAGCGAUGACAUCAUCAUUUUGGGACAUUGCAAAUCAACACUUUUGUCUUCAUUCAAUCAUCAAUAAAACAAUCAAACUGCUGA